CUACGAGAUUCAAAAUGGCGGAAUAUCUUGCUUCAAUUUUUGGGACAGAAAAAGACAAGGUUAACUGUUCAUUUUACUUCAAAAUUGGUGCAUGUCGACAUGGUACACAGUGUUCCAGACUUCAUAACAGACCUACAUUUAGCCAGACCAUACUGAUUGAGAAUAUCUAUAUUAACCCACAAAACACUGCCAAAACUGCAGAUGGAUCGCACAUACACGUCUCAGAUGAAGAGAUGCAGCAGCAUUAUGAUGAUUUCUUCGAAGAAAUUUUUGUCGAAUGUGAGGCAAAGUAUGGAGAAAUUGAAGAGAUGAAUGUAUGUGACAACUUAGGGGACCACUUAGUUGGAAAUGUAUAUAUUAAGUUCCGUCGUGAAGAAGAUGCAGAGAAAGCUGUCAAUGAUCUGAAUAAUCGCUGGUUCAAUGGGCGCCCUAUCCAUGCUGAACUAUCCCCAGUGACAGACUUCAGAGAAGCCUGCUGUAGACAGUAUGAAAUGGGAGAGUGCACUCGUGGAGGCUUCUGUAACUUCAUGCACUUAAAGCCGAUCUCCAGGGAGCUCAGGAGGGAGCUCUAUGGUCGUAGCAGGAAGAAGGGAAGUAGAAGGUCCCGCUCUCGCUCUCCACCAACUCGUGAACGCCGUAGAUCCCGCAGUAGAGACAAGGAUAGGCGUCGUAGAUCUCACAGCCGGGAAGGCAGGUCUGGCCGAUUCUAG